AUGAACAUAACACCUCCAACCAAUACAACGUCUGGAUCAUCCCGACCUCGUCUAGCCACCUCGCUCCUACGCACCAACAGCGGAACAGGAACAGCAGCAGGAGGGACAGGAGGAUCAGGAACGGGCCCGCCCUCAGCAUCAUCCGAUAAACCGACCGAGUCUCAAAUCCCCCUUCCCGCAGUCUCGAUAUCCGUCUCGGACCCGAACGGGGAAGAGGUCAAGCCCAGCCAGCCGAUGCCGAGGGGUUACAAGAACGUCCCGAGCCUGGACGCGAUUGCCGGGCGGCUCAAGGCUCAAAAGGAAAAGGAAAAGGAGCAGCAGGAGCCGAGUGGGAAAUCUGGGGACGAGUCUGGGUCCGGGGCGGUUGAGCUUGAGCAGGGCGAGAUUGAAGAGGUUAAAGGCGAGGUGGAUACGAGUGUAUUGCAUCCUUUGAGGCACAAGUGGACGUUCUACUUUGAUUCUAAGCCUCCUCCACCCCGGACGACGGGUGAAUCGCCCGUUCCGUAUACUCCUUCAAACACCGAGACGGGAGAGUACGAAGCUGGGUUGAAGGUUGUCGGGAAGUUUAGAACUGUAGAGGACUUUUGUCGAUUAUUCAACUGGCUCAAGCCGCCAAGCAAACUUGAACGAAGCUCCAACUAUCAUAUGUUUAAAGAGGACAUUAAACCCAUGUGGGAGGAUCCUGCAAAUGCCAACGGCGGCAAAUGGGUGAUCACUAUGCGCAACAACCCUGUGCUCUUGGAUCGAUGCUGGUCUUGGCUCGCAAUGGGGCUUGUCGGACAGGAACUCGACGAUCGGGAAGAUAUGAUUUGUGGUGCUGUCGUCUCGCUCCGCUCGCGGAUCGACCGCAUCCAGCUCUGGAUACGACAAAAAGACGACGUGGAGCGCGUGAAUGCGAUUGGGAAGAAACUCGUCAAGCUGCUGGACUUGGAUCGGGAACCAGGCAUUCAAUUGGAGUUCCAGUUCAACUCGGACGAACGUGCUCCAGCCUCCAAGUACAUCUCGAUCAUGCCGCCCCAGCCUUCAUUCCGACGUGGUCCGGACACUCCCGGAUCUGAGCAAGGCCCAUCCUAUUUCGGACGGGGAGGCGGUGCGUUUGGCGCGUUUGGUAGGGGAGGAGGCGCGUUUGGAGGCGCAGGGAGGGGAAAAGGUGAUUGGGGCGCACCGAAGAGUGCUGUCGAAGGUUCGGCGCCGUUUGGUGCGAAUGCGGGUGCUGGACACGCGCGGUCGAGCAGCGCGAGUGGAACGGGGGAUAAAUAA